CACACAAUCUGCAUAUUUGAUUUGAUCAGCUGUAAUUUGUUUUUGGGUGUAAACAAGCUUCAUUACUGUAUAAAACCGAAAGUGAAACUUGUGAACUCAAACAUGCAUCAUACUGAAACUCACUGACAAACUGUGAAAUGUUGAUUUUAAAACAUGAAGUCAGUAAACAAACAGAUAGCAUUAGCCACUUUAGCUCGGUUACCUGUUACUGUUUUGGUCUUUUUUUUUUAAUUCAAACCUUUAAAAAUAUCAUUAACAUCAGCUGUUUAUAAACUCUGCUGUUAUUAUUUAAACUAAACAAGAAGUUGUCAGCGUUAAAAAACGUCACGUUAACGGUGAAAACCGCCAACCGGGAGAAACACCAACUUUCAGGCCGUCCGUGGUGGAUGUGUGUGCGGGGAAAGCCCCAAGGAAGUGACACCCAAACAUCACCAACAGCAGCAGCAGCAAGCCAGCAUGUCAAACUCGGAUAGGGUCGUGUUAGCCCUCGGAGGAGCGGGGACAGUGGGCUCUGGGAUAGUUAAAGCUCUGCUGGAUAAAGGUUUUAAAGUCGCAGUGAUCUCCAGGGACAACAGCCGGCUGGAGAGACUCAAAUCAUUCGUCUCCCCCAAAACAAAGGAUAACCUCACCACUAUAGUGGGGAAUGUGGGGUCAGAGGAGGGAGCGGAGGAGGCGAAGCAGGCCUUGCUGAAGGAGGUGGGGAAGGUGACAGACAUUGUCUCCUCUCUGGGCUUCAGUUGGUGGCAGGGGGGACCCCCGCACACCCAGUCUCUCAAAGACUUGAACUGGGUAACUGAGACUUUACUCUUCAGCACAUUUGUGUCAUGGAAGGCCUUCUUCCCCUUGGUGAGGGAUGACUCCAGCCGUACCUACACCUUCAUAACAGGAGGAGCAGGUGAGAAGUUGCUGAUGCCUGGUACUGGCUUCCUGACAAUAGGAGCUGCCAGCACUCUGGCCUUCUGCCAGGUGCUACGAGAGGAGUACCCCGAGGUGCCGUGCAAACUCAACCAGGUGAAGAUCAACGCAGGUGUAGCUGCUCCAGAGCGCAUGGCACCGGGCUUCCUGAGCCACCUGGACCUGGGCGAGGCUGUUGCCACCAUUGUGGAGAGACGGAACGCCUCUCACCACGUCUUUACCAUCAACAGCCCUGCAGACUUAAAAACUGUCAUUCUGGAGAAGAACCUUUAGACAUUGGAAACCCUUCCUCCAGUUCUACCAGGGACACAUCUAUACUCCCUCUGCUACUACUCUUACUGAACACUCCAGAAACACAUUUACAAUGUCUUUAGUUCGUUUGUUUUCCUCUCCCACAACUCUAAACCCCAUCCAUGCACAACUUUAUGUGAACUGGCUGUUGUUUAAACUAAUAGUGUAUAUUCUGCCGCCUGUUCUCAGACUGCUAGCUACUGUUUUCUUUGCAUGUGCUAUUGUGUGACAUGUCUAUAAAAACACAGGAUUAGUAACUCUCACCUUUUUAUUGUUGCCUGCUUCUGUACAAAUAUUGUCCCACAGUUUUUGGUCUGUCUUCUACAUCAUUGGAAGACAUGACGCCCAAUAUAACCCAGAGGUUUGCACAUGGAUCUGCUUCAAGCUUGGCGUAAUGUGCAAAAUGGGUAAACAGCAAGGUAGAAAGACGACGUUUAGGACUGAGAUAUUAGGGAUGUAGAUGGAAAGGAAUUUAUAUGUUGAGGAUUUUUGAGUCCUGAGAUGUUGCAGUCUUUAAGAAUAGACUUGAGACAUUCUAGACUUUGAGAUGUUAAGGACCUGACAUGUUAGGAGAUGCUUAUAACCUUCUGUGUUGGGGAUACUGAAAUGUUACGGAAAUCAUGUGCCACCUGCCACAGCUAGCUAGCUUCAAUCCUGAUCCGAAUGGCAAGACUUAAAGAGCGAAGCCUCCACUGGCUGCUUUUAAAACCUCUCUACAAGUUGUUGCUUAAGCUGUUGCUUCUGUGGAGACACGGGGGUGAAAAUUUCAAAUCCUGCAUUCAUUUCAGAUAAUCUGACAAGCACUUUGUUGAAGCAUACCGACUCCUUAAAGGUCUGGGUAUGCUUGAAAUUAAGAAUUUUACGUUCAAGAAGUUGUGUGAAGAAUUAUAAAAGAGAGCUCAAAUUGUACUUAUAAGAUCAGUUUGAUGGUCGAUACAGAUAGAAGCACUUUGUUUGAGGCAUACUGACCCCUUACAGAUGAAGGCCAUGGCUCAUUGACAUGGCGUGAUUAGGAAAAUGUCUAAACCUGACUGAUUAUGGAUACAGAGGUUAUACCACAUGGUUUGGUCCAUUUUGAAUAAAAACUGAAGCUUAAAUAUGCAGCAUUUCGCUUUUAAAUAAACAAGAUAUGUUUUACA